UGUUUGGGCGUAGUCAAAGAUAGAUUGUGAAAGGUGUGGCUUGUAGUGAGUGGACGGAGACGUUUUAGCAAAGGAACCGAUACCACCCACAAAUAUCAGGAAUGUCUUCAGUAUGGGAUGAUUUGGACCUUCUAUUGGAGUCCCCAUCCUCCUUGACUGUAACUUCAACAACACGUGGCACUAUUAAAGAAAAGCCAGGCUUUAACCCAAGCGAGGAUGCUGCUGCUUUAAGGAAAGCUAUAGAGGGCAUUGGCACCACUGAAAAGACUAUUAUUGACAUUCUGACUCAAAGGAGCAAUGCCCAGCGCCAGCUCAUCUGUAAAUCCUAUAAGGAGGCUACAGGAAGGACUUUGUGCGAUGACUUGGAAGGUGACACUCGUGGAGAUUUUGAAGAUAUUUUGGUGGCCCUGAUCACUCCUCCUGCAAAGUUUGACUGCCAAGAAUUUAUACGGGCAAUAAAAGGAGCUGGCACCAAUGAAAGCGUUUUAAUUGAACUGUUUGCAUCACGCUCCAACCAUCAAAUCAAGGCUCUGUGUGAAGCAUAUCUGGCGGAAACUGGAAGAUCUCUAAUUCAUGACCUUAAAUCAGAGGUGUCGGGGGACUUUGAAAAUGCCUUGUUGAUCCUUGCAGAGGGCAAGAGGGACGAGAAUACAAAUGUGGAUGUGGCAAAAGCUAAAGAGGAUGCCAAGAUCUUGUAUGAGGCAGGAGAGAAGAAGUGGGGAACAGACGAGAGCAAGUUUAUCGACAUCCUCUGCCACAGGAGUGUUCCUCAGCUCAGACAAACUCUGGUUGAGUACAAGAGUGUGAGUGGAAAAACCCUGCAGGAGAGCAUUGAGAAGGAAAUGUCUGGAAGACUGGAGGAUAUUCUUGUGGCUACAGUUAAAUGUGUUAAGAGUGUCCCAGCUUACCUUGCAGAGCGGCUGUAUAAAAGCAUGAAGGGUGCUGGCACUACUGAAUCCACCCUAGCUAGAAUCAUAGUGAGCAGAUCAGAGAUUGACUUGCAGGACAUCAAGGCUGAAUAUAAGAAGCUGUUUGGCAGUUCUUUAUACUCUGCCAUUGAGUCUGAAACAGCAGGGGAUUUUCGUCAGACCCUGCUGAAGAUCCUUGGUGAAGAUGGCAAAGCCUGAGCCAAUCUAAUACUAUCUGACUGUAAUAUAAAAUGUUUUCUCUCAAACAAUAUUAUGUGAAGGCCACACAGUCAAUGAAUGUCUAAAUAUAACUUUAAUAGACUUACAAUACAUCAAAAUAGCUUUAUGAAGUUGUUAGUGUUUUUUUGGUAAAUUAACAUAAAUACCUGCAUAUUACAGAUCACUCAUAUAGUUAUUAGGUGUAAUGAACUUUGCAAUACCAAAAUCUAUAUUUUGUUUGUAUGUACACUGUGAGAAAUUAAUGACUGAUGGUAACUGAAAAAUAAACACUUUUCUAAACUC